AUGCACUGUGUCAGCAGAGGAGGCUGCUACCUGGUGAAUUCCCACUGUGAUAUUCACGAGGACAACAAGUGGAGGAAGGAGAGCCUGCAAGUAUGUUGGCUGAGCCUGAUUAUUGAAACAAGACCACAAUACAAGCUGAAACUGUCAGAGACAGAUAACAUCCGCAGAGAGAGUUACCAGCUCCAACAGGUGGUGCACUUCAUGGUCCAGAGGGGCUCCAGUCAGACAGUGAUGGUGGGCACUCUCAACGGAGCUACGAAAGAGCACCACCUACCUGUCCUCCACACCAGCAGGGACCCAGGUCCUGCCAGAGCCUCCUCUGGCUGCACAGUGGAACAGCCAGCCACACAAGAGCAGGUGAAAGAUGAGUUGAACAAGCAGGAAGUGACUGACACAAACCAAGACCUCAGAAAGCCAAUCAGAGUGAACUUCAGAGCUUCCAGCCUGAUGUCCUCUCCAAGAGAAAUCUCUCAUCGUGCCCAGAGGAGGGAGUGA